AUGGAUGUAUCCAACGGUCCGUCACUGCGAUUACGCGGCGGCGUAACAAACUGUGAAAAUAAAAGACACGACUUGAAUGUGUGCACCAGUGUUAUGCCGGCGGAGACCCAACGGCUCCUGCCGCCAACUUCAGAGACGAUCAUGACCAAGCCGUUCCCUAUACGAGGGGAACGAGCAAACUAUGUUAACAUUCCGCAUGUGAUAGCUAUGGUCGGAUUACCAGCUCGUGGCAAGACAUACAUCUCUAAGAAGCUGUCGAGAUACCUUAAUUGGAUAGGAAUUAAUACAAGGGUAUUCAACUUGGGUGAAUACAGACGUCACGCUACAACUGCAUAUACAAGCCAUGAGUUCUUCCGAGCUGAUAACAAGGAGGCGAUGGCUAUCAGGCAGCAGUGCGCGCUGGACGCCCUGCACGAUGUCUGCGAGUGGCUUGUCAAGGGUGGGGAGGUGGCUGUAUUUGAUGCAACAAACUCAACAAUGGAACGACGGCGCAUGAUUAGAGAGAUUGUUGUACAUAAAAUGGGUUUCAAAUUGUUUUUCGUUGAAUCCAUUUGUGACGACCCGAGGAUAAUUGAACAGAAUAUAAUGGAGGUAAAAGUGAGCAGCCCAGACUAUACAAACAUACAGGACACUGACAAUGUUCUGGAUGACUUCCUUCUACGAAUAGAGCAUUACAAGGAGAAGUAUGAGCCCUUGGAUGAAAGUCUCGAAUCUGAAUGCAGCUUCAUGAAGAUAUAUGAUACCGGGGAGAAGGUUGUAGUUCACAAACAUGAGGGUCAUAUACAGAGCAGGAUCGUUUACUAUUUAAUGAACAUACAUAUUGUGCCAAGGACUAUUUAUUUGACAAGGCACGGAGAAAGCCUACACAACCUAGUAGGAAGAAUCGGAGGUGACAGUGAGCUGUCACCACGCGGUCGACAGUACGCGAGUGCGUUGGCUACCUAUAUAGAACAGCAACGCAUCCCUGGUCUAAGAGUGUGGACGUCGUGGAUGAAACGCGCUAUACAAACUGUCAAAGAUGUCCGUGCACCGCAAGAGAGGUGGAAAGCGCUCAAUGAAAUUGAUGCUGGUAUCUGCGAAGAGAUGACCUACGCAGAGAUACAGCAGAAAUACCCCUCUGACUUCAACUCGCGCGACGCCAACAAGUUCGCCUACCGUUAUCCACGCGGUGAAAGCUACGAGGACCUGGUGGCGCGGCUGGAACCUGUCAUCAUGGAAUUGGAGCGGCAGGGUAACGUCCUAGUGGUAUCACAUCAGGCAGUGAUGAGGUGCCUCUUAGCUUACUUCUUGGAUAAGUCUGCUGAUGAACUUCCAUAUCUCCACGUGCCUCUACACACGGUGAUCAAAUUAACUCCGGUCGCCUACGGCUGCCGAGAGGAGCACAUCAAACUCUCAGUGGAUGCCGUCGACACACACCGGCCCAAACCCUCUGAAGAGGAAGAAAAAGAUGCCCAGGAAAAUGUGAUACCAGCCCCACCUAUAAAGCCCCCUGUACCACCAAUUCUUAACGGCGAAGCUAAUGGUGACAAACCAAACGAACACUAG